AUGUUCAAAUAUGAGUAUUUAUAAUUUUAAUAAUAAUAUUGACCGGCAUGAACCGGCACAAACCGGUAUGUGCCACCGGUUGAACCAUUCCACUUGCUAAACCGGCGCACUAACAUAAACCGGUUUGACAACCUUGACUAUCACUGAUGUUACUACAGCGUGCAGAAAUUGGAGGACAGCGUAUGAGCACCACUUGGCCGGGGCCCCCCCGCGCAUAUGUAUCUAUCUAUCGUCUUCACUACACUAGUGGCGGACUAGAGAGUACUAUACCAAUACUACACUGUUCUCUGUUGCACUGAGUCUGCACUUUUCGCAAGUCUGGCGAUCAUGGUGGGCUCUCUUACUAGCGACACUUUUUGCCCCAUGUGCCCUCCAACCACUCCCACGCCCAAUAGCCAACGCGGUUUCCCCACCUCCAUUUCCCUAUAAAUACCCGUCACUCCUCCGCUCUCCAAACCCAACCAUCUCUCACACCAACUUCGAAAACCAAAACAACAUCCAAUCUUUCCUUCGCCAUGAAAACUUAUCACAAGCUCCUCGGAGCAUUUUUCUUUCUGUUCCUGGGCUUGGGCAUUGCCUCGGCAGCCAGAGCCCUCUUCACUCUCGAUGGAGGUGCUGGUUAUGGCGCUGGCGGAGGUGCUGGCUACGGUGGAAGUGUCCACGGCUACGUAGCAGCGGGAGGAGGCGGCGGGGGAGGCGGUGGCGGUGGAGGCGCCGCUGCGGAACACGGUGGCGGUGCGGGUAGUGGUGAAGGUGGCGGCGCAGGGUAUGGCAGUGGCGGUGGUGCAGCGGGGUACGGCGGUGGAGGAGGGGGAGGGAAUGGUGCUGGCGGAGGAGGCGGCGGAGGUGACCAUGGUGGUGGGUACGGCGCCGGGGGUGGCGAGGGUGCUGGGAGCGGGUAUGGUGCCGGCGGUGGGAUUGGGGGUGGCGGUGGCGGAGGGGCGGGUGGAGGCGGUGGAGCGGCAGGAGCUGGUGGUGGGUAUGGUGGAGGAGAGGGUGCUGGUCAUGGAGGGGGAGCCGGUGGAGGAGCGGCCGGGGGAGGAGGUGGUGGUGGUGGGAAGGGAGGAGGCGGUGGUGGCGGUGGAGGCGCCAAAGGAGGAGGUGGUGGGUAUGGUGGAGGAGAAGGAGGUGGUUCUGGAGCUGGCGGUGGAGGAGCGGCGGCAGGUGGGUAUGGCGGUGGCGGCGGGAGUGGAGGCGGUGGGGGUGGUGGCGGAGGUGCUGGAGGGGCGCAUGGAGGUGGGGCUGGAAGCGGUGGUGGUGAGGGAGGUGGGUAUGGUGGCGGAGCCGGAGUGGCUGGAGUUGGAGGCGGUGGUGGAGGGACUGGUGGUGGCGGUGGCGGCGGUUAUGCACCGUGAUUGAGUGGGGGUGAUAAUUAAAUAUGGGAACCAUGCAUCUAAUGAUGAUCGAUCAGUAUGUUGUUGCAUGAGUGGUGAAGUAAAAUGAUGAAAUGGGUUUGAUGUUGUUAUUAUUAUGUUAUGCCGGAAAUGUAAUUUGGCAGAAUAAGAUUUGUGUAUGUGAUAUAUGUAACCAGAAAGUGUCUAAUAUGUGAGGAUCAGGUACGGUAAUCUAUAGUUGAGCAAUUAAGAAAUUUGUUUAUGACAA